UUUGUUCCAGUCUGCAGAGCUCGCAUCGAUCUUGGUCUCCUUAUUGACGGCAGUGGCAGUCGAUACAGAUUUAGCCAGAUCCUCGCUCUUGUGCGCCAACUCAUCCGAUAUUUCGACGUCUCCAGAAUCUACACCCGCGUGGGUAUCAUCACAUAUUCAACCAGUCCCAUACCGGUCUCCAACUUUGCCAGCUACUCGCGCCGAUACGACUUAUUGAAAGUCAUCAGAAAGAUAAGAUUUCCUCGUGGACGCUCCUACACCGGACGGGCGCUACGCUUUGCCGGGAGAUACCUGUUUACCGGACGGCGGUCAUCUACGCGCGCCAGAGUCCUCGUUGUCGUCAUGGGUAGUCGGUCGUCAGAUCGCAUCAGAAGACCUGCAGAGAUGCUAAGACAAGCCGGGAUUGAGAUCUUUGCGGUUGGAAUGGGUGGAGGGGUCAGGAUGACCUCGUUAUCUGCCAUAGCGACCGAUCGCUUCCACGUGUUCUCGGGAGUAAGGCUGGGACUAAGAAAUCUUCUGUCAAAAUUGGUGGCUAAGAUAUGUGCGGCUACUCCAAGAACAAAACCAACAACGAAAGGUAAGUUUGGCAUUUUCGUUUGUGUUGCCAUCUUUGGAUAUGUGCUUUCGAUUGAACGUUAACUUCCUUUGUGAGAGAGACUUAUUCUUCUAGCUAAUGCUAAUGUAAAUAUGAAUAUGUACCAAAAUGACCGCUAAAAGGUCAGAAAAGUCUCCCUAAGCUAAGUGGCGUCAGAUUCUAAAAGUUAAAAAAAUUCAGGCAGAC